UCAAGCGAAGCGGUGGAGGUGGAGUCUUGCGUUCAGAGGGAGGAAAACCAAGCAGAACAGCAGGAAAAGAGAAAAAGCACCAGACACAACAACGUCAGGGGGGAGGACGAGAGGAUUAAGCGCGACAAUUGACACACUUGAAAUUAAGAAAAUAGGUGCUGUGAGAAGAGAGGACAGCAAGAUGAUAACGCCCUAUUUCCUGGAAAAUUUCUGGGGCGAAAAAAAUAAUGGAUUUGAUGUACUGUAUCAUAACAUGAAACAUGGCCAGAUAUCCAGCAAGGAGCUAGCAGACUUCAUCAGAGAAAGGGCCACCAUAGAGGAGGCAUAUUCAAGAUCAAUGACUAAACUGGCCAAGACUGCUAGCAACUGCUCUCAGCUAGGGACAUUUGCACCAGUGUGGGAAGUGUUUAAACACUCCACAGAGAAACUGGCUCUGUGUCACCUGGAGCUGGUCCGUAAGCUGCAAGAGCUCAUCAAGGAAGUCCAGAAAUAUGUGGAGGAGCAAGCCAAAAAUCAUAAGAAGACAAAGGAGGAAGUGUCGACCACAUUGGAAGCAGUGCAGAAUCUUCAGAGUGUGUCACAGGCCUUACAGAAAAGCAAAGAGAACUACAUCAGCAAGACCCUAGAACAAGAACGUAUGCGGAAAGAGGGAGCCACACAGCGAGACCUGGACAAGGCUGGAUUGAAGGUCAAGAAAGCCACUGAGUCCUACAAAGCAUAUGUGGAUAAAUAUGCAACCGCAAAGACAGAAUUUGAGCACAGAAUGACAGAAACUGCACAGAAAUUCCAGGGCAUUGAAGAGGAGCACAUCUUGCGUAUGCAGGAAAUUAUUCAUUCAUACUCUCAGUCUGUCGAGGAGACGCACAUGCAGAUCGGAGAGGUGCAACAAGAGUUUGUGAAUAACAUGGAGAAUACGUCUGUCGAAAGCCUCAUACAGAAACUUGCAGACAGCAAAGGGACAGGCAAAGAGAGACCAGGACUCAUUGAAUUUGAGGAAUGUAAUGUCUCAGUCGCCACCGAAGGUGCCAAACCCAGAAAAAGAAAAACUUUUGUCAUACCAGGUCUGCGAAGAGACAAAGAUACAGAUUCCACUGAAUCGGCAGAAGUCGAAGCUGUUAACGCUUCCAACGGAGCUCCCCCAGGUUUCUAUGGUGCUAUAGAUCUUCAUAACGCAAAUGUGCCUCAGUUGGACGAGGAGGGCUUCUGUAUCCGACCAGAAGUCAACGAGAAUGAUGCCAAAGAGAACUCCUUUUAUUCGUCCAGUGACUCGGAUGAUGAGGAUGAGCCAAGAAAGUUUCACGUCAAGAUCAAACCCGUGCAGACCAACAACGGCACCCACCAGCAAAAAGCCACCCUAGAUGAGCUGAAGGCCUCUAUUGGAAACAUCACGCUCUCGCCCACUCCUGCUGUUCAUUUGAAGAGGAACCAAUCCAGACUGACACGACAACACACAUUCCCUUCCAUAAUCUCAAAGUCAGGUGAUGAGCUGGGACGAACCAAGAUACCACAGCCUUUUUCAAAUGAUAGAUUAGCCAAUAAUGACCUGCUGUCUCUGGAUCCAUUUGGCCCAUCCAGCACUGGCUCUGGCUCGUCUGGACCCCACUCGUCAGACCUGGCUUCUCUGUUCCUAUCCUCUUUCUCUACAUCUGUCCCACUGCAAUUAAAUGAUGAGGUCUUUGAAGACCCAGAAGUGGAUUUACAGCCAGAGCCCACCUCUCCAUCCGAAGUCAGUCUUGAGGUUGCAGAGCCUCCUGAUUUUCCACUUCCCAGUAAACUUCCUACAACUUCUGUCGCCAACUCGGCCACCCUGCCGUUCCCCUCUGUCCCCUCUCUUCCCUCCACCUCUCCUUGGGAGCCCCCCAAUGAGGCUUUUGCCCCAGUCAGUUCUCCCCCCGCUAGAGCUACGAGUGUGCCUCCAGCUCUACAGACUCUUUCUAGGGACUUCACCACCCACAAACCCCCUCUCAGUGCUCCAGCAACCUGUCCAGACGCAGUUGCUUCCUGGGCACAGAGUCAAUGGAUUGCCUUUAAUGAUACCUUUGUGCCUUGUCGUGGACCGUCUUAUCAAGUAGCAAGGCCACGGUCUGUGCCCUUGUCUCAACAAGCCAAGCUGUUCUCCAGAGGGCCUUCUGCUGACUCCUUUGCCAGCACUGGGAGAGACGAGUGCGCCCUUUCUCCGAAGGAAGCACCAGUCAGAGGAAUGCAGGAUGUACCACCUCCAAACAGGCCAACCACUCCUCUGGGCACAGCAACCAUAGUCCCUCCUCCAAGACCAUUAUCACGGCCCAAAAUUCCUGCUGGCAAGUUAACUGGCAUAAAUGAGACCGGUCGACCAUUCAGCCCUCCUAAAGUGUUAAACUCCAGCCCUCCUCCUGCUCCCCUCGCUCGUGCUGAGAGCUCCUCCUCCCUCAGCUCUAACACCUCCCUGAGCGCCAGCAACACACCGACUGUCGAGGACGAUGUGAUCAUGGGGAAACUGCCCACAUUUGAGAAGAGAUGUGAGACACCGGCAGGGACCUCCCGUGGGCCCAGUCCUGUGACAUUGGCAUCCCAUGAUGCAUUGCCCAUUGCUGUAGCAUUCACUGAGUCAGUUAAUGCCUAUUUCAAAGGAGCAGAUCCCAGCAAGUGCAUUGUGAAGAUCACAGGAGACAUGACCCUAUCAUUUCCCAGUGGCAUUAUAAAAAUAUUCACGUCCUCUCCAUCUCCUGCUGUACUCAGCUUCAAACUCUCAAACACUAGCAGACUAGAGCAGAUCAUGCCUAACCAACAGCUACUGCACAGCGACUCCUCCCAGAGCGACACAAACACUAAAGACUUCUGGUUAAACAUGCCUGUAUUGACGGCAUACCUCAGGAAGAGCUCUGAGCAGAACCCUACUGCAUCAUAUUACAAUGUUGACGUCCUUAAAUACCAGGUAUGUUCAAAUGGGAUCCAGUCAACACCUCUGAACCUUGUAGUUUAUUGGAAAUGCAGCCCUACUACCACAGAUCUGCGGGUGGACUACCAAUACAACCCAGAGGCCAUGCAGCCCCCUGCAGCACUCAGUAACAUACAGGUGUUAGUACCUGUCAGCGGCGGGGUUACUAACAUGCAAUCCCUCCCAACAGCCAUCUGGAAUGCAGAACAGAGCAAGUCUUUAUGGAAAUUGAGUGACAUCUCUGAAAAGUCUGAAAAUGAAGGCUCUGGUUCUUUGAGGGCAAAGUUUGAGCUGUCUGAUGGCCCAUCCAUCCCCGCCACCAUGGCCGUUCAGUUCUUCAGUGAGGGCAGCACUCUGUCUGGUGUAGACAUGGAACUAGUAGGCUCUGGUUACCGGCUCUCCCUAAAUAAAAAGAGAUUUGCUACUGGUCGCUAUAUGGCUGACUGCUGAGAUCUGAGCAAAUUAAACACACAGGGAAUCUGGAGGUGAAUUUCUGAUCUAUUCUGUCAAUGCUUCAAAAUAAUAUUUCUGGUGGAUCUUUAGAGGCGAUGGAAAAAGAGGGUGAAGGCCUCUCAUGCUUCUGUUUCCUCUCCACGUUCUGAAUGGUCCAGUUCCAGAGAAGCACCUUUCUGCAGACAAGAGAUUUUUAUACUACAGUAACGUAGCACUGAGUAUCGAACACUGUAAAAAGAAAAAUAAAACUAAAAAAAACUAAAAAAAGACGAAAUGUCAGGAUAUUGGUGAAUGAAAUCAUUAAUCUUUGAUACUUUUUGAUCUAUUCAGACUUUUAUAAAGUCAAAACGGUAGUGUUUGUUCUUUAUAUGUAUAGUUAACAAUUUGUAAUAUGAAUUAUAUGUGUAUAAACCUACAGCAGCAUAUCUAAGCAAAAAAGGAGAAUACUGCACUAACAAUCUUUCUGUAUAUUUGUGUAGCAUUCAUUCUUUCGUUUCUACUUGCAAUCCACCGAAGAGUCUGUCACAAACAAUGAUGGAAAAUGGCUCAAAUUCAUGCUCUUUUUUGUCCAAAAGCCCAUUGGUAGUUGAGCACUACACAAUUUAUCUGCUAAAUUCAAAUAUUUUUCCUGCUUUCAUUUGUUUUUCUGUUUUUCCUGUCUACAGUAUAUUUCUGUGUUUCUCAUUAUAAAUGUGCAAUGAAGGUUUAAGCUUUCAGAAUGACUUUAAUGGAUUGCUGGUAAAUUUUUGUGCCAUUUUUAACAUUGUCAAGAGAACUUGCUAGUUAGUUGUGUGCUUUGCAUAUCAGCAAAAGGAAACUUAAACACUGACCUCAGUGCCUCUUUCCUGUUACUUAAACUAAUUGUACAGCAAAAGCAUUUACAUAUUUAAGUGUGAAAGAGACGAUCUUUCUCCCUUUUUCGAUUUCAUAUCGUAUAUCUUCCUUUAUUAUUAUUAUUAUUAAGUGCCAGUGCAGUUUCUGACGAGAAUUUGCUUCUUAGUUGGAUUUAAAGGGAAACAGUAAAUCCGAAAUAUCAAAUCUUCAAACUCCUUGUACCAAAACCCUUGUCCUGUGCCUCUUUGGUCAUGUUAAUAUGCAUUGUCCAGUAUAAGCACAUGCUCAGGCUUUAUAGAUAGAAAACUGGGUGUAAUUCUACCAAAAUAUCCAGCGAAAAAUCAUCACUGUGAUAUAAAAGCGAACCCUGACUUGAUGACUGUUGAACUUUUAGAGGGAUCCUUGUUGAUAAACAGACCAAAUGUUUUGGAUGUUUGAAUAUUGAGAUGAAUUACAAGUGUAGUUUGAUAUCAAAUUUUCAGUUAUUUUAAGGAACAAGGGUACUUUUUAUGUAUUUCACAUCUUGUGGAGAGUUUUGUGUUGUUGCUUAAGUUCAUGGCUCAGAUAAGUGAAUGGCUUUAAGUGGGUUUGCCAAAUAUUGUCUGAAAAGCACAAUAAGAUGCAGUGAGCCAAUGAAAAUCACAGGGAAGCUGAAAUGUGUGCCUGGUCCCAGAAUCGUCUACCCCAAGACCCCCCAACUCUAGUCUCUUUAAAUAUUGUUUAAUUUUUGUACUACACCAGUUCGCCAUCUUUUUAUUCUCAAUGGUUUUCUCUGUAUAUGCUGGAACCCAGUGGAGAACAUGCAGUGGUUUGGUUGUGAAAACCCUGCCAGCCCCCUUUAAGGGCUAUUUGCCUUGUCCUCCAUGGAAGACCAUGUCUCCAAUGGCUACCUACCCCAAUACCAGGGACAGCUGACAGCAGUUGUACCUUAAACAUGAACAACACUAAAAAACACCAAAUGUCAACAAUGAAGGAUCUCUUGAAUCUGGAAACAGUGACAUUUCUCUAGAAACUUGCCUUGUUUUCACCAGGAACCUUUUUCAAUUGUAGCCUAACAGUUUUGUGAAGUAACAAAGUGAAGAUUUUAUAUACCGAAUCCUCACCAUUUGUUUGUAAUUUUUUAAGAAUUGUAAUUUUAAUUCAUUUGUAUAAAACUGUGGUGUUGGUAUUACAAGCACAGAGGCAGAAAUCAACUGGUGAACAUCCAGAUCAAUGUAGCUUUCAAAUACAAACAACAAUAUUGCCUUCUUCAGUCCAGGGCUUCUUUAAAAGAAUAUGAACUAAUAGUGUAGUUAGCGAGCUGGUUCUUGCUGCCUCAACAGACAUCACAUGAAUAUUUGAAUAUCAUUCAGAACAUUUUAAAAGGUCUCUUUUAUGUCCACAUUUAAUGAAAAUGUAAAAGAUUUGCGCAAUUUUUUUUUUACUCACAUAAUGUACAUUUUUACAAAUAUUUCUGCCAUUUUUCUCUGCUUUAUGAUGCUCUGUGUCAGUAAUAAAUGUGUAAUAUAUAAAACUAUACAAAUAUAAAAUA